AUGACUCGGACGACCCUCAGAAACCAGGUAAAACGAGUCUUACUGGCGAGCCAACGUUCUAUCUUUUCAGUCCCUGUGACUCGCUGCUUUCGUGAUUUUUUUUACUAGAACUUACAAUUAAGUAGUGAGCGAGCUUUGUUGGCCUUAGUAUAAUGCUCCUCCCACGUUUCUUAUGUUUGACUGUAUACCAACGGGGAAUAUCGAUUUCAACUCAGUAACAUUAUAGACAGAAGUUCCCAAUUUUUUACUAAAAACUUGAGAUGGCACAUAAUUUUGCGAAAUUACGCUUACAGGUUACAAUUCUUUAUGAAGCCUUUGCCAAUAUUGCCUGGGAUAUUUUCGUUAUUUUGCCUGUCAGCGGAAUAUGUCUAGAAUUACUUAGAAUUGUUUUCAUGCAAGUAAAUUGCAUUACUUAAUAGAAAAGCGUAACCUGAAAUUACACAUAGAAAAUGUUCUCACACAUAAUCUCAUCCCACCAAUUUUAGAUCGAGGAUUUGGCGGAGCGACUCGACGAGUUGAAUCGCAUCACACGGAUUUGCGCGAUGGGUACUCCCUUUGAAGAAACCAGAAGCGCAAACCACCACGUUCUGCCACAAGUUUUGAGCGACAAGGAAGAUCUACCCUUAGCUGACCACUUUUCGCCUCGGGUCUGCGCUCUCCAAUCAUCCAGUCUCGGUCGGCCUUUUGAACCUUAUUACGGAGAUACUGCCGAGGACGGCGGUUUUAGUCAAAGCCAUAUCACAUGUCUUAAUUCCUUGGAGCGGAUGCCUGACUCGUUAGUGCAGUCACCUCAAGCAUCACACUCGCCCCCGUCUCGACCAAUUAUCAAGCCAAUUUGUGAUGCGCACAUUCUGCAAAGCGAAGAACUUCUGAAACUUCAGGAGCGUCAAUUUAACCUACAGGUAAACUGGCCUUUUUAGUUUUUCAUUGCUCCCCUGACUGGCUGCGUAAGCUAGCGUUUACGGCCUUUCCGAUUUUUUCGUCUAUCCCACUGUCACUUCACAUAGCUCUGAUAUGCGCUGCACAUGAUUUUUGGGUUUCCUUUUCUUUCAAACUCCAAGCUCGGCCUGACUGGAUGAGAGGUAACAGGAAGGCAGAAAGCAAAAAGUGUGGGAAGGGUUAUUCUCGGAGCGGAGUUUCAUUUAGAGCCGUUACUGCAGACCAGCUGUUUCAUGACUGAGUUUAAGAUAGUCCAUGUCGGAUAUGCAACCUCAAAUAUGCGCGUACCAAGGUCAGGAUUUUACAAAGUGCCUGGUUUUCUUUAUUAUUUUGGCACGAACUAGCCUUAUGACCAAGUUUCCUUCUGACGAAUCCCAGAAUAAACCGGCCUCUGCGAGAUAUCUUCCUGAGAUCCUAAUAAUAAGGUUUUAUUAUCGACUUAUGAGUUUCUUUCAAUAGAUUAAAGCCAGAAUCCAAAUUAGUGGUGAUUUUAUGUUUUUGCUUCAGACUGAAGUCUCGUGCAUAAUUAAUGUUGUUAGCGAGGCUUUUAGUAUAUUUAUUUGAUGGUGCUUUUUACGACCACGUUCACUCUUAAUCCAGCCGAUCCCAGCAUUGUCUCACGACGAUCAGCGGGGGAAGAUCUAGAUAGCGGAUUCACUCUCCUCCAACAGUGAAGGCCCUUUAUUGUAGAUGUGAGGACCAUUUCCAUAUCUUAAUUAACUGUGUCGAACCAAGUUUUUAACGGGCCUUUUCGUCACCUCGAGUUAGGCAGAGGCAACUUUGAGGUGGCGGCACUAAAUCCAUGGGGUGGGCGACGAAAAACAUGCAUAAUCCAUUCCAACCAUCCUUUUAUGCUGGUCUAAGAUAUUUAGAUGAUGCCGUAGUAUCCAGCCCUUUCGGUCAAAUCCUAGACGAAUUCGGGGUAGCUACUUCAUUGAAUAUUUAUCAGGCAAAAUUUAUUUAAAGUUAUCAGCUUUCGUUUGUCUUCCACCCAGCAUUCACGACCGCGCAGAAGGACUGAGCGACCUGAAGCCUAGUGCGCGCCGAUGUUCGUGUCGAUCAGGAUAUCAGUAAGGUGCCGUGGGCGCCUUUGAACGCGUAUUUAACCUAUGAGAGGCAUCGGUUCGCGCGACAAUAUCGUCCUUGCUGUGUAUCGGCAGCCUAACUCCGGACUAUUUGCAACUGUUCACGUAUCCGAGCUCAUGGUCAUUAGUAAUGAGAACUAUCUCCUUCUGGUUAGCAAUGCAUGUGAGAAUACCUUGAUUUUCAUGACAUUAAUGGAAGAACUGUUUGGUUUAGUCGUUCGCUUCGCCCGAGACCUAUUUCAUCGACGUAGAUUGACUUUGCCUGCUUGAGUACGUCAGCCUGCCGCACUGCAAAACCGCGAUCUGCGUUUCCUAGAAACCUGCCAACGAGAUGCGUUCUUAUUUAAUUUCAGACCAAGCAUCCUACAGUUGUCAUGAACCUGAAAUCUCGCAGUAUUGCAGCGAUGGUAAGGGUCGAUCGCAGUACUGCGAUUUAGCUCCAAUAUCUGUCAAUGAAACUCAUACUGAAUUUAACUAAGGAAGGAGUCGUUAUUUGCCGUUUUUCGUGGUACACAAACAACUUGAAACUGUCAAAGAGUGACGAUGUUGGGCGUCUUUUAAACAAUGUCCAUUAAACCUAUGCUUCUGGAAUUCUCGGACAUUUGCAGGCGGCUUACUGGGAAUUUUGUGUGCAGGCCGGUUCACAGUAACUGAUCGAGGUUGCCUCUGGCGCUUCCACAAGGCGACGGUAGCCGUGGUACGGCAUAGUAAUCGAGGUUUACGACAUCUAUAAGCCCUUAGGUAUAACAGAUCCCAGUCUUUCCCACAGCCUUUUUACAGUGUCACAAUUGGCCAGGCGACUGAUUUUUCGUAGGAUUCGAGAACCUUCUUGUUUUGCAGCCAGGGCUCACUGAAGGCCGUGGACACGAAAAUUAGCUCGCUGGUAGGCUAUCACAAUGGCUUCACCUUCCCGGGGUUGCUGUUGUCCCAUAAGGCUUUCAUGGCUUCUCAGUGCAUAAAUUUUCCGUGCGAGCUCGCUGGACCAAAAGGGUUUACUUACUCGACACGUUUUUCUAAAAUAUUUCCUUCGGCCUGCAUAAAAAUUUUCCCUCUGGCAUAAUCGGAUGUAAAAUGUCACUCGUGCACUUUUUGUUAUAUUGGGCAUUCACUUUAAAUUAAUUCCAUUCAUCAUAUAGCGUAUUAUGUAUGCAUAAUGCGCAGCAAAUUAGGAAGAAAGUUUCACCCACUGACUUACAAGCAAAAAGGCGGAUAGUGUUAUGAAAUCGGAGCUCAACAUUGUGUCCCACAAACGGAUUUUACAUGCGUGUUUUUGCUGAAUCCAGGGAAGCACUAUCGAAGUUCCAACGACUUAUGCGUAAGAAAACCACUUUGGAUUAAUGUCAUUUUUUGACGAUCACUUUACUAUCGAGUUAAAUGUCUCCUGACUUCUCACACAUUCUCUCUCCUUGAGUAAAACAAGCCGGAUUGGAUUUGGGACAACAGCUUCCUAAAUGCGGCACGGCACAUGUUGUGGGGUUUAGUAGUGGUCUAUUACCGAAUGAUAGUCUUUACUACCCUCGGGAAGUAAUUUAUUCGUAAAGUUCUGCCUGAGACUUUGUCAGCCACAAAAGCGCCAUCUGUUUCCUUGACUUAACUUAUGAUUUUAAUACCUUCCAAAAGCACACCCUUCUGUUCGAAACGCAGGACUUUAUUCAUUGGAGUUGAUUUUAGGAUACCGAUAAAUUCUAGGCGCCUGUUCGAUUGAGGCACUUUUCAUCAUACUUCCGGCAACUGGCUACAUAAGCGAUAGCAAAGUAUAUUUUCACAAUCAUAAAGGACUGGUUGGUGUCAGCAAAACUUUAUGUCAAAAAUUAACAGGCUGAGCAGGGCUUAACUCGGAAGGCUAUUGCCUUUUCGGAACACAGUCAAGGAAGUGUAACUCAUGCGCAGGGAGUUUAGGGAAGUUAUAGGUCAACUAUACUUUUUGCAGUACCACGCUUCUAGUUCGAGUUCAGCUCUCCCGACUACUUCUUCACCAACUCUGUUCUUCACGACCUUUGAUUCUCUACGGUUCUUGUAGGAAACAGUGAUCGGAGCUCAACCGUAAGCACCUCCCGCAUGUGACUGGACCACUCGGCAUGUCAUGGAUUGCGGCCUAAACAACCUCCAUUUUACCGAAUUUUGCUGCUGAUUCCGACGUUCGACCGUCGCCCGCAUAUAGUGCGGUGGCUGUGAGCGAAUUUUGCGAACCGGACCCAUAGUAUUCCAAGUAUUCUUUUGAUGGGAAUACUGCCGAAGACAAUACAAACUGGGAUGGCUGCUUCUGGAUUGUUUGCCCUCGUAAACCAGCUCAUUGGGCAUUUACGUCAGCCGCCUUGCUAUUAAGUCGCGUGUUCACUGCCCAACACAUUGCAAUCAGCGGUGUUAAAAGAAUGAAAGUAAUACCUCACCAACUCAGUUGAGGGAAGUAGAAUUCUACUUCGGGAACUCUCAGAGCUAGUUUGGAGCGUUUUCAGGCAGUCGCCUAGCAACAAGCAGUGCGCGUUGGGGAAAUUUUGACAAAUAUGCAGGGAGAUGAGUAUUUUUGUUCAGAUUUCAACGUUUGACUCGAAAACUAACAAUGGUAAGCCGGAAUGAUAAGGCGCCUAUUGUUUAGCGCUGGAGAAAGAAAAACGACAUAUUCUAUGCAUAUUAAAUUCUUCAGAUUGCAUUAACAAAAUGAGCCAGCGGAGAAUUGCGGAGAAUUGCGAUGGGUUCUCUGAACCGCCGCAAAGUCAUAUGACAAGCAAUGGAAUCCCUCGCAAUAACUUUAACUAUUAAGGUCAAAAUGCAUGCCUCCUCCAUUCAAUAACUAGUGGCCUUCGUUUUUUUCAUUUAAAGUUCCCUACGUUCAGAAAAUUGACGAUUAAUCAAGCCAUUCAACUGCUCGGAGAAACCAAAAAGCCAGAUGACAUGAAGUGAUUUGACCAAAAGGCCCUAGCCCUGGGAUACUGCACAAAGACUGUCCGCUUUUGCUGGUUUGGGUUAAGCAGAUUAUGAGUACCUGAAUAAAAAGGUACCGUGCGAGGUAAAAGUAAUUAAACCAAGAAAAGUGACAAAGCUUCUUAAAGGAGAAUUUCAGUUGAUGAUACACCAAAUGAAUAAUGCUGUUUAGCUUAGAAAACGAGCAAAAACAGUACUCAACCAGGACUGUAGGUUUGACAAAUCAAUGACUUAUUUUUAACCGGUAAAAGAAAAGCACCGUCUUUAUAUCAUUCCUUGAAGUGAUUUAGGAUCUGCACAGCAAACCAACUACCGACGGUUGUGGUUCCACCACGUAUCUUCGCCUCACUUCAUUCAGGGCUGUCCCGUUUUAUCCGUUUGCUCGGACCACAAUUUCAGUAAAAGAUUUAACAUUUCUGUUUAAACAUUUUUUAUUCUGGAAUUGCAAGAAGUAAGUGGGUCUUGAUAACUUAGUCUAGCAGCCAAUUACUUUGCGUCAGUUUUCUGUCGAAGAAUUACUUGGACAUUUUGUAAUCUGAUUAAAUUUUAACUUAUUAUAUGCGAUGAUCUUAACUUAUGCCCACUUACUCAAAUUUUUCAACAUUCCUGUUUCGAAUGGAAUUCUUUUCUUAGUGCUUAGGCACAGGUAGAUGCCCCCCUUGAUUCUCAUUGUCAAAGCAGUCCUAAAUGCCUUCACUGCCUGUUCCUGGAAAGAAAAGUUCGACUGAAUGGCGCAGUUGUGGGCUUUAAAAGGUUUGUAGGGCUUGCUUAUAUGUCCUUCCCCACCCCCCCCCUCCGGCAGGACAUGGGAACAGGAGUCGCCCGUAGUACAGGUGACUUUGGGCUAAUUUCCAGGUAAAUUAGGGUUGGAGUUAGGGUUGGGUUUAGGGUUAAGAUGUGUUAGGGCUAAGACUAGGGUUACGGUUAAUGAUCUGGUCAGAGCACGGGAAUAUUUACCCUUCCCGAGUUUUAGGGCAAGGCCGCCUGUAUUACGUGGGUGGGGCGUUCCUAUCUGCGAGUCUUGUUUGCAGGGCCACAUAAACAAUGCCGACCAAAAGGUUUCCAGGGAUAUAUCACGACCAAUCGGAAGACCAAGUUGCAAAUUCUUGGAUCAGUCUUCCCGUUCAGCAUCACCAAGCUUUCAAUUUAUCAGUACUGCCUUUGCCUUUAGGACCACCUGAUGGAGCUGAUGCACAGGGUUCAGCACCGCGAAUGUCCCAGUAAGUCGACGAGCGUAAGGGAGGCGGGUCUUCCCGUCAGGGAGCAUGACAUUGACGAACACGUCAAGGUUCUGAAAACCACGCGGCCACCGGGGACUCAAUUAAAGUCAGCUAACAGAAAGUCAACGGUGCCGCAGAGGACAACCAAGCAUCCUGCUCCUCUUUCCAGAAACAACAAUGCCGUCGUGAGUCCCGGUAGGUCUACGGCCAAAAUCAUACCCAAGGAAAAGUCUUUCGAAAUUUUGCCCCACCUUUGUAUCUGCACUCAUAUAAGUUGCCCAGCACAAAGCGCAUUAUCAUCCAGGGCACAACGGGAAAAGUAUGUCCCGUAAUUCGAUCGGUGAAUGCCCUUCCACCAUGUUAGGCAAUCCUCUGUAGGGCCUGUUUUUUAAUGUCUACUGUUAGGCACAGUAGUCCGGAUAGCAUGCUUGAGUCCCACGGAGUCUUGUACUGCACAACCAUACUUCUGAUCGCGUCCUACUCAUUUCCUCCAAAACGUGAACUUCUUUCCCGCUUAGGGAGUUGGAAGAAGUUUAUUCCUAUGCGGGGCAUGCCAGCCGAGUAAGUAUAGUAGGGAUGUUAUCGGAGCCACAGCAUUUCGAGACCUGAAAAUUUCCCGUUCACUUCUAAUGCUGGAGGCUAGCUCUGUAUUCCGGUCGUUCGACUGUUGCAAAUGAAGAGAACCACUGCUCCCCCGUAGCGUGCACAGGGAUGACGUGCACCUAAAGCUGUUCGCAGUGAAACGGAAUCGCGAGGUAUCCACGGUAAAUGUGCUUUCUCAUGAAAUAUUGACCUAAAUUCCGAAAUACGUUUUAGAUUUGAAAAGAUUACUUACUUGUAAGAUUAAUUAUCGCGAAGUAUAAUCACAAAAUAAUUUACUCGCUCCAAAAUGCCAACCCUUGAAUGACCCUCUUUUUGCUGACUGCGAAAACUACGGUCUGAAAAAAUGACAACUUGCGCACUAUGGACUUUUCCAUUGAUUUUCAAUGCCUUUAUAAUUUCAAUUGUAUGUUAGAAAGAAAGUGCACAAAAAUAUUAUUUGUACUUAUUCGAUGGUAAAUUGCGUCUUCUUCAAAUUUUUGCUAGAAGAGAGAGGUGUAUGAAUCGAUGGUAAUUAAGAGAACGCCCGGGAUACCUGAAGUUUUAAAUUGCCCCAACCACUUAGUGCACGAUUCGAUUUCCGAUCAUGUUCAAGUAUCUUCCGGUUUUUGAAAACUUUUUAACUCCCGAAUAAAUUUUUCCCACCUACCGUUACACGUGUAUUCAGGAUUCUGAGACUACAUUUUGUAUACAUUCUGCCAUAGGAAUAUCACCGAUUUCUCUUCAGUGCUGGGAAGACGUCAUGUAGGACGAAUAAAAUUGCACAAUGGAUGUGGACCAGGUUGUAUACUGUAUAAGUGGCAUUGAUAAACGUGCUGAUGCAAUGCUGUAUGAAUGGACAUUUCGCGAUCUUCAAGAAUGUCAUAAUUAGAAACUUUUUCAAAACCGAAGAUAUCCUUUAUUCAAGUGAAAAAAUUAAAGAAACCGUGAUGUGCUACCAAAUUAGUACAAGGAAGGAUAUUGUCGUGUAUAUUUUUUAUAAGUGCAUUGUAAUUUCUAAGGGCACAGAAAAUCAAUGGAAAAAGUUCAUACUACGUACGUGCUUAUUUCUUACACAGCGUGGAAUUAUGUCGCACGAUAAUUAAUAUUGCGAUCAUGCUUAAGUAAUCUUUUCGAAUGAAAAACGUAUUUCAAACUUUCGAUUAACAUUUCAUGGAAUAGCACAUCUAUUCUGCCUCACUUCACUCUUUCCACACCCACCUCGUUCCCAUGACAAGACGGCUAAAGAUUGUCGAGAGCUUAGCAAGUGACAAAAACGAACAACACCACCCCUGCUACAUACGACCUGGCCACCGACUCCAAGCGUAUCGGUCUUCGUCAAGGAGAUCUGGGAUAUCAAAUAAACAAGAGCGCAGCGAAGGUUACGUUAUAAAGGAGCCACUGUGGUCUGACCCUCGUUCCAGCGAACGACCGAGUUAUAUUGCCCAUUGUUAACCCUAUAAGCCACAGCCAUUGGCGUGACGCGAUAGUUGAAAUGGGCUUUUAAUUUCUUAAAGGGAGGAAAUUAGGCAUUGGACGCGAGCUGCGUUGACUUUAAUCUCUUUCAUUUCUUCCCACGUGCCAGCGACCUGUGCUUGUUUAAGCGGCUGGAGAUGGGAUUGGGUUCAGCAACUGCCAGGAUGUUGUCGUCAUCUAACCUGGCUGGGAUCGCACGAAAGUGUGGGGUGCCAUAGACACUACAUUGGGGAGUCAUUGUCCUCUAAACCUUAUUCCAAAGGAGGUCCGAGCUAUGGCGUGACCUGACAGUCUCCCAGUCCACAACAUCUAGUGACCUACGAUAGUUCGAGACACAUCACACAUGUUAUAGUCAGGAGUGCACAAAUCUGUUAUGAGAAAUGAUACCUCACUGCCGGCCUCACACCUGCUUCGCCUUCUUUUUCCAAUAUGGUGUUGGUAUGGGUCGUUAUACAAAGUGGUGCUUGCACUUGCGACAUGACUCUACUUUCUCUUCCUGGAAUUUGCAGCAAAGAGUGAGGUGUAUGAAUCGAUGCUAAUUAAGAGAACGCCUGGGAUACCUGACGUUUUAAGUUGCCCCAACCACUUAGUGCACGAUUCGAUUUCCGAUCAUGUUCAAGUUGUGGCGGGCGUUAACUGAGGAUAUAUCUUAGGCGCAUCCAGACGCUGCGGAACGGAAUUUUUUCAUUGGCAUUUCCAACGGGCUAGUUAUUAUAUAGUUUUAAGGGGCUAAGGUGAAGUAGCAUCAGUUAGCUCUUGGUGACGGGAUAUAAGAGUUAUUUUCAUCCCGCAUCUACCUAAUACUGAUAGUCAUUACCCCUAAAGACUGACUACUUGUCGAUCUGGAAGGUCAUUAUGAAGAUAUCUAAAAAAAUAAUUUUACGGUUUAAUCAGGACCGCGGAACUAGAGUCAAAUUCGCGAUAAUUCCGCUGUGCUUUUCCCUUGCCGCACUGUUUAAUUCCAGUGGAUCUGAAUGUUUAAAUCUUUUGAAUACUUUCUACCGUUGUGCUCAGUUCUCAUGCUGUUUAUUUUCCGUAAAUUUUAGACUCAAGAAAGAGCAGAGCGUGGUCAUCAGAGAAACAGGGUAGGUUGCAGACGGCCGCGGAAUCGUCGGACGAAAAAAGGUCUUCCGCAAAAGCGACAACAGAACGCGACGUGCAUGAUCGAACAACAGAGGAAAUCCCGCUGGAUAUGAAGUCCUUAGCCACAUCGUCCCCACAAUGUGACCAGGAAGACCUUGUGUAAGUGAUGGAGCGUAAAGUCCUAGGCUUUAUGUGCUCUGGAUUCGUUUAUGACAGGAUUUAACGGGAGCUACACCACGAUCUGUUUUAAGUAGUCAUAUGAAACUGUUACCAAGAGUUAGAAUUUUCGAAUUGUUUGUCCGUAUCUAAGAUCCUGACAAAGAUUUUAAACCAGAGCUACACCUACUUUGUAGAAAAUAGUUAUGCCAGCCGUUCUCUCCUUCAUUGCUAUUUUAUAUAAGUUAUCGUUUUGUGCUUUGAGUGCUUUGAAGUGCUCUUCGGUGUUUUUGAAAAUGAAUAUAACCCUACUCGUUCUUGCUCACCGUCACAUGUACAAGCUGCCAUUAGAAUCUGUUUAUCGAUUCCGCUGCCCGCAACAUCUUCAAGCAGAACAGACCAUCGAAAGAGGGGCUUUCCAAAUUAAUUGUCCGGGCGGAGUUCCAAUCCUCAGCACCAUUAGCUGGCUGACCUGACAUCCUCUCGAGGCCGGGCUGCUAAAAUAACUCCACCACCGGUGCUUUCGACGGAAUGACUAUGCGGACGGGUUCACUUUUUGACUGACUGAGUGCGUGGCUAAGCCGUCUGCAGCACCCAAUUUCCACUGCAUUUUCAACCGAAAUUGUACCCUCCUAAUAACAAAAGUCCGUGUCCGAGGCACGGUUUGUCAACUCAAACGGCCAUCUUACCUGAAGGCAUCAGUCGUCAAUUCCUGUCGUUGUCAUAGAUGCGCACAAUGUGAGGGCAACUAUUUAAACCUGUAGAGCGGGAUAGCUUUCAGUAAACCACCGGAUUUUUGUCUUCUUCUAAAUACCUCACCAAGAGCAAAGGAGCUUCCGGGAACAAGACAGCACGCUGUGUAAAAGCUAGUCUCCGCUUGACAUUUAGGCAGACACCGGAGGGCGAUGGGGACGUCUCAUGUGUUGGGCAAUCGUUGAGCGCUUUUUCGUCCCCGGAUGAUGAACUCUAGUACGAAUAUGAAACGUCAGGAAAAAUACAGUCAUGCUCCCGGAGAUCUAGUCUUCUUUUCUCCGCAUGAAUGUGUGCCUGGGAAUUUAAAUCAUUAAUUCCGCCCAUGAGUACAUUAGUUCACCGAGACUGUAUUUUCUUUACAGUGUUUCGAAGCUGGUCCAUGUAGUCGGAAUAAGCAAGCUCAAAGACAAAGCUUUCCGGCUUCAACUGGGCUUUAAUUAUUGCUGACGUUUGUGAACAGAAGUGCAUCUAUCGCAUAGUUAAGACUGACUAGUGAAAGGGCAGAGGCGUGUCGGACUCCAGAAUCUACGGCCAAGUCGCUGUUCUCUUAACUGAGAGCUCCGACGGCAUGCCGUCAAUCUACAGAGCUUUUCAAAAACACUUCUUCCGACCGAGUCGAACAAUUAAAGAUGUCAAGUGAAAAAAAUACUUUUUUUAACUGGAAGCAACUUCGUUCCAUACUCUGCUGCUGAGCAAGUCUCUAGUCGGCACAGCAUCUGCCUGGACUAGAAUCUGUGCAUUUCUAAAGACUUUUAAGUCCUUCAGGGGGGUCAUCUCAGAGAUUUUUACGAUGCGUCCUCAAGGGCUUCGGAAAAUACGAAUACAAGGCCGCUGUUCCAGUCUUAUAGGCCAAACUUUGUGCAACAUUAAUUGAAAAUUUCCUCCACCCAUUCAGAAUUCACAAUCAGACGUCCAUAUUCACUUGUAGCUUUUUUCAGAUAACCUGGGCUAUUGGCGGAAUGCCAGCAUAAGAUGGCACACAGUUACAAAUGCAGUAGCUGCGACCAGGUUCUCGGCUGAUCUAGCCUGAUACUGUCAAGUUAGGCAACUCAAAUGUGCGUGACUUUUAUCACAGUACGUGCUCGCAUGCAUCUUGGAGACCUGUCCGAAUGGCUACUAAAUUGUCCUUGAGCAAACAUCGAGGAUGCAACUAUUUGAGGUACACAGUGACUAAACUACGGCAAUGAACGACUUGGAUGUGGACAUUAACUACUACCAUCGGCGGUAAAUGCGAAGACUACUAUUUAUGGUAGCCUUGUGGCAGCAUGCAACUGAAUCCUAUAAAUACUGCGCCUCUUGCGCGUCCACCAGCCUUAUCUGCGACUGUCUUCGAAGGUGGGUUCAAAUGAGAAUGCGGACCGUCAGGCGAGCAACCACCACGUUCCACGCAUUGCAGGUCAUUCUUCUAAGUAGCUGCUGAUUGCGGUACCGAGGGCCGAGACUCACUCUAACUUCGGGCUUCGUAUUCAUCCACUUUCAUUUUCAGUUUUCGUAGACCGCACAGUACCCCCUAUUAGUUCGGCUUUUUUGUCAGUGUCCAGCUUCUGGGUCCACAUUCGCCGUGUCCGUCAUAAGUAACCAAGGCUUCGCCAAGGGAAUUCCUGAAUAUCAUGCAUUUCUCAUAUGCGGGGACGGGUAGCUUAGCACCUCGAUUCCACCAGACAGUGAAGAUAGUUCGCAGCCGUUUCAGACACAUCGAGGUUUGUGACUUAGGAUGCUUCAAAUGCUGUUGCCUGCGAGAUUGGGUCAAGGCGUAAACGCAGUUGAGCUCUCGGCAGUUUGCUGUUAGCUUUAGAAAGUGAAGUAGUAGGCGAAUAAUGAAGGUCAAGAAAUUGUCGCCACCCGACUGUCGUAGUUUGCCUUCGCGUGUUCCACGGACUUAGUUAUUGCAUAUCUCUGCAUAGGGGGUUCGGACUUGUCCCGUUGGUUGCUGAAUUAUCUACCCGGGGAGUACAAAUCUGCUGCUUAACCACCUUCGCACGAUGGCUCAUAAACUCAGAGACCCCAAUUAUGACAUAGAUGGCAAGCCUACGUAGCAUUAUAAGCCUGACUACCGCGAACGACGAGGUUCACUAAUGCCCCCAGAAGGCGCAGGGUUGAAUUCCGCUCGAAUUUGUUUAUGAUGAAGUCGACUUGCACUGGAAUUUUUUCACAGUGAAGCAGACUCGCCAAGCAUCUGCCUAACUCCAUCCCUCUCACGCCCACCCUGCUCUGAUGACGAGACACAGUCAAAAACUGAAAAUUGGCUUGAGUAUAGCAUACGAGACAACCAAACAAUCCGUCUACGCGUGUUGCACACGACUUGGACACCAACCCCACACGUUUCAGACUUCACUGAGGCGGUCUCGAGGCUCAACAAAGAAGAACGCCGCCGCAGUCUGAGCCUCGUUCCAGAAAAUGAUCUGUUAAUCUCGUCAAUCGGGUAACCUUCUAAGCUAUGACUGCUAGCGGGUUGCGAUAGUUGAAAAACGCUUUCGGUUGUUCACAACGAGACAACAAAGUGUUAGACGCGAGGCGGGUUGACCUCACUCUCUUCUCUUUCUCCCAUGUGUCAGCGACCUGUCCCAGCCAAAUCAACUGGAGAGAGAACUGGCGUCAACAGCUGACGCGCACAGGCUGUGAUCGCGCGGAAGCGGGAGGUGCUAUAGACGUUGCAUUGAAGGGUGGUUUCUUUCGAACCUUUGUUCCCUUGACGGUCAGCGUUGUACUGCGAGCUAGUGGCCUGCUAGGUCACGGCUAUGACGAGUUCGAAUAUAGUGGAGAAUGUGCUACCUCGUAUCACUCAAAAGGGGGGUUACCUCAUGUCAGUCCCACAUCCUCGCAAUCUACCGUAUAUCGGUGGCCUGUGAGAGCCCCUUUUCCGAUUGGCCAUUUAAAUGAACCGACCAACUGACAUACGUGCAUGAGUCCCUCGAAACCGACGAGGACCACUGCUAUGUAUCUUUUAAGGAGCAGUGGUGACUUUUUUGCGACAUGUAGGCCAGAGAGAGGACAGGCAUAUGCAGCGUCGGGCUUACUGCCCUAUACAUAUCUUGUUCUUGACUGCCAGUACGGAGUCACACAAACAGACAAUGGAUUCGGGGACAACCUCUGCCCAGAACUGUGGCAUCCUCUUCCUACCGUACAUAGUUUUGAUUUAGUUGUGCCGCCGGUCUUGGAGCCUAAUAUGCAUUGCCCACAGUAAAAACUGGUUUCAAUCGUUGGCCGGAUUUUUCCAUCACUAAAAUCUCUUCACUUUCUCAUAAUAAGUUCUUAUUCCGGCAUUUGAAAUUUUUUUGCAUAUUUCUCGCAUUAGUGAUGGAAGCGACCUUCAGGAGAUAAAGAAGGAACUUGCCCUUCUCCGCGAGACCUUUGGUAAAGAAUUAGAGGUAAGUCCGUACCUGACCAGUUUACGCCAUUGGGACAUCCCUCUCUUUGCCUAGGGUUCUGAACGUUUUAUGAUGGACUUGAGCAUUUAUGUAAAGAAUCUGGCUCUUAAGACUGUGAUGACGAAACCGCUUUUGUGCUCUGCCACUUAUUUGCCUAUAAACUGAGAACCUCGGUUCUCGACCAAAUUAAUCAAUUUCUUAGUUCCCUUCAAAUGAAUAUUUUCCAAAAGACCAUCUGCGAGCAUACGCAUGCUUUCGAUAAAUACUCGUUAGACCGGUUCAUUUACAUGGGAACGAGGUACAGAGUAAAACGUUUGAACUGUGGCAGGCAAUACAAAGUUUCAAGCUAUCACAAUGUAGUUAUCACACCAAAGUUGGGCUGUGCUUUAUGAAGUGAACCUAUAAGAAGUUCGAAGUAACCCCGUACGCACGACACAACUGUUACCGACUGCAACUGCGCUCUCUGUUCAAAAUGGGCGCAUGGACGGAGUAGCGAGACUGCCGUAAAAAUCGUAUGCACCUAGUACUACUUAUUUGAGGAAGGUAGCGAGAUAUUUUGAAGUAUAUUUAAGUUUUCCACAGUUGGGUCAAUAUGAAUUAUUUAAAAUCUGCCAAAACAUCUAUGAAUAUACUUAAGUACUUCUGAGGGGCCAGACGAUCGCAUGUAGGUUGCACAACGCGUUAUCGGGUCCGGAUUCGUUAAAUACAGGCGAGGGGUAUGACUGUUGUUAAGGUUUUAUUUAGAAUUAAGGCUGUCGUUACGGUCAUCCAUUCUCCAGGCCGACAAACCUAAGCUACCAGUUGACGGAUUCUAGGUACUGUCAUUUGUGCCACAGAUAAAUUAGUAUUCCUAACUACGCCUCACCUGAUUAGAUGGCAGUGUAAACAAAGUUUUCUUUCCUGAAGUGUUACCAUAAGUUACUCCGCAAUGUUUUAGCUUCCUCUUCAUCAUAAUCUGUUCCUAUUUCCGGACUUCCAUUUCUCUUCAGGUUCUUAUUCGCAUGUCUUUGCUCACGCAUCUAUCCUGCUUAUCAAGAGGCUCCUCAGUUAUACAGUUCCAUUGAAGUCCUUGCCACAGCCAAUCACUGAACGGUGUCCUCCACCCGUACACGCCUGCGCACACAAGUCAGCUUAUUAAGUACAUACUAGUCAGGAGUAGGUCUAUUUUUUCUCAACCGUUCUCCUUCGUCUACCUCUGAAAGGAUCUCAAUGGAAUUUGCACGUUUGACACCGAGUAAUUGAGAAAGAAUUUGUCUUCGUUGGAACUCAGCUAUAACUUGUUCAGAACGACACGACUGUUUAGGCACUACUGACUGAAAGUUCCUGGAGUAGCAGAUAAUUGGAAAGUCACUUCCAGGGUCUUGGGAGUGUUCAAAUGGCUGCUAGAGUCCAUCGAGCCCUGAAGACCAGAAAAGCAAUUGUCAGAAGCCGGAUAGCAACGGUACCAGUACCACGUCUUUUCUUUCUAACUUCCCGAUAAAUCGGCGAAAUAAGCCAUUAAAUCAAGAAUGUUUUUCCUGUGAAUGAAGAGAUAACGCCACGGGUUCUUCCGUUUCGCCUUCUUUCAGGUACCUAUUCGUGAUUUUAGAAGGACUUUUCCUCUAUAUAUCUUUAAAGCGUCAGCAGUCAUGAUGAUAACUACCACCAUCAUCACUGCCGUCACAUUCACAAGCGCUCCCACUUAAAAAUCCGGCUUCAUUCGCGUCAACGCAAGACGGUAUCCAGUUGACCACUUUGUCCUCGCAGCCUAUGGAACGAAAGUACUCGAGAAAGUAGGCGGCGUGACCUGUCACAGUGUUUUAUUGUAUUCCUGCCAGACUCAAAUAAUUAGGUCGAACCCGCGAAGGGGUAUGGUUUAACGAUGAAAUAUUCUAGUUCUGGCGCUUUAAUUCGCCUCUAAAUCGCCUUCAUGUUUGCACGCAACACUCGAACGUGUCGCACAGGAACAGAAAAGCAACCAAGCAUGCGAUGAGUACAAUGAUUAUCUUGCAUGUCCAUAGGCAGACAAUAUUUGGGUGAUCGAGGGAGGGCUUGAAAACGUUAGUAGAAACCGACGUAUGGAAGUGAAAGCGCCAUUCUGAGAUACCCGCGGCGUGGUCUUUCAAGAGACGAUUUUGGCUACCCGUCUUCCGAAGGUGGAGAGUUCAUUUAAUGUUACAAGUGUCUAUGGGCCGCACGCCCCACCUUAUCUGUUGAGGAUACCGCUACUGCCUAUUUUCGUUGAUUCGCGCGCCUUAGUCGACGUCAUGCCCGUACCUAUUUUCUCCGACGACAAACAGCAAACCGUAAAGUUCUUGUGGAUAUUCGUUAACUCAGAAUUCCUCCGGCAGGUGACUGUUCUCGUCUCGCUUGGCGACCGACUUGCUGCAGGUAAUUUCCCUUAGCUGACAGGACGUGCGUGCGCAAUUCCUUUUAUGUUGUAGCGGGCGAAAAUAGGACUCAGGGUGGAGGAUUAAAUGGAAAACCGACCUCUAUCCUAGAAGACUGCCUCUGCUUCCAACCGGAAGGCCAAUCGGGGACAACAGUAUUCAAGAAACCGACUGGCACAUUGCUGAUGGUUACUGCAGUAACUACCGCUGCAUCAUAAACGGACUUGCAUAUUGCAGCUUACCCUCGACAGAAGAGUUAUCGCAGUACGCCAGCUGCCAAGCGGUGCUAUGUAAACCACAUCGGAGGGCGCUUCGUAGAGAGUAGAUAUUUACGAGGGUUCGCUGAGGCGAGUGAAGGAGACCAGGAAACAAAAAUAAACAAGGCACUAGGCUCAAGUUAUGGUAAAGGAUUCGUGGCGUGAAUAGUGUCUGAGGGCCUCUAAGUCAGUCUAUAGCGCCAAUUGAAAUGGGAGUUGGUGACGAGACUUACUUAACGUUUCGCCGACAGCUGGCAUACCCAAAUGACCUAAUUUUUAGUAAGUAAUAUCAUUUGUCAUCACACUGAUUCAACAUGGCUGCGGAGAAGGCUACUACGUCGGACAAGCCGUCGAUCAUCACAGCCGAGGAUGUGUUGCCAACAACUGGCGGUUUUCAGGUUAGAUCUGAAGUCACCGGUGGCAGCCCGUGCUGCCCAAACGAACACUUUUUUGUCUUUGGCGCAGUGAAGGGGUAGAUUGAGUUACGGAGCACAAGAAAAGGAACUUUAGGAUGCGUGACCCAAUCCACCGUCACACCUACCCCUCAUACGCUUCGCUAGGGUCUGUUUCACUCCUGUCAAAUGUGCUAAGUGGUUGACUGUGAAAGCUACAAACUUGAGCUUUUAAACUCUACCGUUAGCUUUUUCACUCCUAUCACUGCUCUUCUUAUGGACAAUCUAUCUGACGUCUCCAAAGUUUUUAAGUUUUUGCAGCUUCGACCUACCUGUGCACUUUUUCCUUCAGCGUGUCCAGGCUUUAAAAUGUUUCGAAUCUGGUGACUUAGAGUGCCCUUAGCAGAAGUUUUAGACAGUAUUGAGACUACUGAUCUUCACUCUCAGCUUAAGACAUAAGAUGAACUUUAUGAUGAUUCACGAACAGUGGUGGCAUAAAAGAUUCACCGAGGUCCAACGUCCUGUUUUAAGACCUUCCUCUUAGUGACUGCAGCAAAGGCCAUGACUCCGCACAUGGUACCUGUCUGUACUACAUAUUCCAGCUGGAUUUAAGUUGACAUUAAUCCCGUUUAUCCUUCCACCUAACCACUUUUCUAAACUUUAUCUGUCAAACCACAUUCUUAGCCCACUGUCCUGGAAAACUAGAUUAUAAUAUUUUCACUUUCUUCCCCUCAGGACGUUCGGAACUUUUUACAAGAAAACCGAGAAGAAAUUGAGCAAAACCGCCGGACCACACUGGAGCUCAAAUCCACAAAAGUAAGUGCUACAUUUAUUUUUGCAUACUUGUUUCUUCCUAGAGAGGGGCAGUGACCCUGGGAUUUCACUCCACUUCAUUUCUUACUGUGACCUCUGUGGCACUGUCACUCGCGUGAGCUCCGAGUCGCCCUCUUUUGUUCCGUGAAAACCUGGUUCACGUCUGUCGAACCAGGCCGCGCGCGUGUGUGGUACGCGUAGACAGACCGGGAAGCCUUGCGAGCUACUGCGCCCGAGCCCGCUCCCCGGUCGUCCUGACCCUGUCUUUUUAGCAGAGCCAGGUAGGUGGAGGAGGUGAGAGUGCGGCCCCUGUUGUGAAGGUCUGCCCUCAUCAUCAUAAACAAAUUCACGCGCAAACCACCUUUCUGCGCCCACCAUUCUGUGGGGCACACGGUAGACACCGUCGUUCGCAACAGUCGAGCUGUUAUCAGCAGUCUCCUGUUGUUGCCCUCAUCAUCGCUUGCUUCUUCCGUGCGUAACGACCGCAGCUAUGUUUUAACUAUUAUGCUUGCAAAUAAAAGACUUCAGUGCCAUUUACUUGAAUUUAUUAACAGUAAUGACAAUAGCGGUUAGUAGCCUCGGAACUUAAAGAGGCCUUUUCUUUGAGUGAGUUGUUGAAGUGCUUCAGAGAUUAUGCCGAAGGACGUAGGCCCAGGCAUCUCCGGCGCAAUAAUUCAGGCAAGGUUGGUUUUAAACGUCCAAAAGUGCACCUUGAAGCAAAAGCACACCAAAUGUCUUGCGAGUUCUUUAGUUACGCCAGGGAAAAACUGAAUCGCGAUAGAUGGGAGGAAGGUAGUUCGACGAGUGACAGAGAAAGUUGUUGUCGCAUCUGCAUAUGAAUAGACAGUUGCGCUCUGGACGUUUGAGCCUUCUAGGUGCUCACAAGGGAACUUUAAAAUACGGUUAGACAUUUAGUGAGUUGAGUAAAAUUUUAUUUUGGAAACAUUACAGACAUAGUUGAAGGGCCCGACCUGCAGCAAUGUAAGGUAUUGUUCCAGCUGCGGCUGCACCCGCAGGAUGCAGAUCUGUCUGGCAGUUGCCCUUUAAAACUUCAAAUGGGAAUUAUUGCUCGCAACAAUAAACAGGCUUGUGAAUUCUACGUCCCGUACAGUGGCUUGAAGAAGAGAUUGAACUUCUGCGGUACCUCGCGGACCGUAUGAGGUGAACGGCGUCAAAGACCAGAAUAAUUUUGGGCAACGUGAGAGGUGUUUCAAAUCCGCGUGAUCGGGACUCGACACGAUAUGGCAGACCGGUAAUGUGUAGAGAAGAGCUCAGCUCGGCCCGCAACACAAAGUCAUGCGGUCAGUGAUCCCUAUUCCGCAUUUUGAAAGUUUUUCCUAGCUAGCUCGAGCUGUCGAUUGCAUAAGUCUGUACAUCUACGUGUAUAUUCGUCUGAUCGUCGCGAACGACGAUGACCACCAUGUGCCCCACGGCAUAGUGGGCCCGGGACGGCGAUUUACGCAGCAUCUGCCGCAGUUUUUCUUUCCUCACCCUCCCGACUCCUAUGCAAAUACUGGGCAGGAGGCCCGGAUACCGGGUCGAGCGCAGGGGCUGACGGAGCUAAACAGGCCGUCUACGCGUGCCACACACGCCCGUCGGGCGCAUGAUCGACCAAGUUUUCACGGAAGCACGAGUGUGCCGGUUUAGGUAUCAUCUGAGUACGAAUGCUAUUUAGGCCACAUUCAAAAGGAAACAUUGCAGCCUGAUUCAGCGUCCUAAGAGGGGGACAGGGUUAUCCCAUCAGUUCACCGUUUUCCAAGCCACGACUUUCAGCUAAUUGUAAUGAUUCGAAAGCGCGUCCGAGUGCUAAUCGUGAGACGUUGCGCUGAAGUGUCGUGGGGACGGGGCCCCAGAGUCAACCUCGGCCUCUCUUCCCUCGCCCAGGUAUCUGCCCACUGUCCGAGUCGGCCAGCUAUCUGAUGCUGGGAUUAGGUUUGAUGCUGGCACCUAAUUGUCACCGCACCUCCUCCUUGCUCGGAUCACGUAUGCCGCCACUUUUUUUCCACCACCGGCCGGUCGUCAGGUUCGGCCUGGCCAUUGUUGCACAUGAGGGGGAAGAGAAAGCGAGACAGGUAGCCUUUCUCAUGACAGUUCAGCGCCAGUUUCAGUAUAAAAUGUCUGGCGUGCUUGGAGUUAUUACAACAACCUUGAGGUUGAGAAAAAAGACGCUUUACAUAAAAUAUGUACUGUAAAAACUGCGUUACACAUGUCUUCAAAGAAGAAGUUCUGUAAACGUACGUUUCAAGUACAUUACAUUUUAUUUUGUCAUUAAACGAAUUAAUGAAUGAGCUAGUCGACAAUUUUGUUCCACUUUCUAAGGUAUCAGCUCUAGUCGUCAUUGCACCGUUGGCGUCAUGGCCUAAGUGGUUCGGUGACGUCGGGCAAGGCGUAUGGUGAAUUGGUUCAUAAAGAAUAUUCGAGUCCUUCUUCCUACUAUUAUGGCCGAUUUUCGUCAGCAUACUUUGGUCCUGAUUACCAUGACCAAGUAAUCGUUUCCAGGUAUACGCUGAACGUCGAAGUUGCCCACCGUAACCCUAACACUAAUACUCAACCCUAAUCCUUACCAUCCUAACCCUGUCCUUAUCCCCCUGGGAUUUAGCACAAGGUCGUCUGUAGUACGAGAGGGUCCGCAUUCCUGUGCUCUGUCUCAAUUUGCAAGAACUCAUUGAUGAUUCCGGCUUGAUCGUUUUAAUUUCCUUACAAAGGGAUAUGGGUUUGUGCCUGUGAAAGGGGACUUGCCCUACACUGCAAGAUUGAUCGUUUUAAUUUCCUUACAAAGGGAUAUGGGUUUGUGCCUGUGAAAGGGGACUUGCCCUACACUGCAAGAUUGAUCGUUUUAAUUUCCUUACAAAGGGAUAUGGGUUUGUGCCAGUGAAAGGGGACUUGCCCUAAACUGCAAGAUUGUAUGCACAUGAAAGAUUUUUUUCUUUGAGGAAGAGAAGGAGAACUUCCAACCGGAGGCUCAAUCGACAUAUCAACAACUGAAUAUAUCCAACGGCUCGCACCGUCCGACGGAAGAUGCGGUAACUGGCUUGCAACCGCCACCUUUUCGCUAUGCAAAUGCACCACCACCCCUCAAUAGCACGCUUAUUGCAGCCCACAAAGCACUCAGGGAAGUGGAACAGAGAAGAAACAACUUGGAGACUAACAUCAGUGCCUUUGAGAGAUCUCGAAAGUGUCAGGGUUUCUUCGACAUUCUGGACAUGCUUGGAAAGGAUGAGUAAGGCAACCUGUACUGCUGCCUUUAUUAGUUGUUGGACGUAAGGUCCUAUCCCCUGUUCUAUGUUCCUUCUUCAGUCCCGUUCAUUGGUCGCUUGGGCAAUAUACCUCAUGUCGUUUUCCGAUAUUUGUGUUUCUGAGAAAUUAGUGGGAUCUAACUGAGUGGUUAUUUUGCGGAGGAAAGGGAAAUAGAGUGGUUGUUGGGGAUUUCUUGGAGAGCUCAGCAAUUGAUGUUGACGGAACGAGAACAAAUGGGUCUGCCUUAUGGCAACAGAAGACUGUACAACCUUGUUUCAACUUCAUGCACCAAAGCUCUGCUACGGGCGACAAACUCGAGGUCUCUAUUUGCGGCUUACGAUGGACUUUGCCAUGGUGGUCGAGUCGCGAGUUUUGUCGGUCGUUUAUGGCCUCAUGGAGGCUGCUCACAAGCCGACUUAAUUGAGCUUUGGAACUUCUUGAAUACAGUUUGUGGAGGCAGCCGUAAUCUUUAAUCUGUUUGAAACUGUGGUAUGCGUGUAGUGUAUAAAAUGCCGCUGGUAAGAUUGACCUGUCGCACCAGCCAGCUAAAAAUGGAGGGCUGCAUUGCUACUUAAGUCGCGUAGAUAGCUUCUGUAGAUUGCGAUUGCUGAUUAUUGGCCUAGUGACUGCGGGAAUUGCCAGAAAAGCAGUCACUACCUGGGAAAUCUGAUGGAAUCCUGACACUUUGUGCCUGUCAAACGCGUCACUGGAGGUAAUAGCCAUAGAGGAUAAAAAUCUUAUAUGGGCCUUACUUUUCCCAGCGCUUGCUGCUGGACGGCUUCACAGACUGAGUGUUGGUCGACUAGGCGGUUACUUGAGUUGAUGCCUGAUAUUCAAACCCCAGUAGCCUCAGGCCAUUUUACUUUUAACUCGCCCAUUUACUCGUCCACAACCGAAGGUAAAUAUAUGGUCUUUUCCGGGACUUUGCAUAGAAACGCCUAAACUAACCUCCCAUCUUCACUGCUACUGCAUCUUAUCGAAACCGUUUCUCCAGUUGACACCCGCUUCCAAGUCGGGCCGAAGUAGUUGGUCUUGAAAUUACAGCAGCCAAAAAGAUGGACAAUGAUAGUGAGAAAGCAGUUAAGAGAAUAGCCUGGAGGACGGCUUCCCAGAUAAUUGGGGUUUAAAGAUUGGACUCAAAUCCACCUGACUAUUUACUCGACCUGCUCCCCACUUCUGAAUUCGUCCGGUAUCAACUCAAAAACAAUGAAUGGCCAGGCAUGUCUUAGCAAAAAGAUCUGUGCCGGGCUUUCAAUUUUUUGUCUCUUAUCUUCUCUGAUGCUAUUGGACAUAAGUUCCACGCAUCGAAUGCAUUCACAAUCGUCCAUCCAAGGAUGACCUUUCUUCAAUUUACGCUUCAGUGAUCAAUCUGGAGUAAUCGGGCAAAGUAAUUUAUAGAUGAAUCUGAGAUGAUGAUUGAUUCAAGUAGUCCUUCCUCUCUCUGAUGUUCCAUUUUAUCUGGGAUGCCUCAAUUUAGGACGUAUAAUUUUAUUGCCUUUUUUCUUCUUUAAGGGAUGCCGUUGAACGGGCAAGGAUUAAGGCAAUGGUAGAUGAUGCCAUCUCGGGCGUUCGCGACGACCCACAGGUAAUUCCAUCUUGCUUCGGUUGCCCAGACUUUCGCUUACCAUGUCAGCAUAGUUUCUUGAUGAAAAUGACACAUUCCUUACCUACACCGAGAUGUCUCUCUUUGGUGGCGUAGAUGAGGGCUAAGAAAUAUUUCGGUUGCCCUCAAUCAGCGGGCUUUAUUCGCUGUCCUUUGGCGGUGAAGAUUGAAGGCCUCUCUUCUUUUGGCAAGGGCGUUGAGCGGGCAGGAAGAGGCGACAAAGAGCGUUCUCAAGCAAAUCAGUCAGUUUGUUUUGGUAACGUGAGGCAUACUUUAAAUUUUCGGUUGGAUACUAGAGAAGGGACCCCCUGUACUUCAGGUAGCCCUACACUAAAUCCCAGGGGGGGCACCUAUUUCUGUGCCCCUUUUUAACCCUGACCCCCUGGAAUUUAGCUUAAGGUCACCUGCAAUAGGGGGAAUACUUUAAACCGUGUCGUACCCAAUUCUCCCACAAGGAUUUCGGACUGCCUCAUCCGGUAGGAAAUCUAAGCUUCGCUAGAAGGGUGGUUCUCAAGCACCGCUUUUUGAAAAGUAGCUUUUACGCAACUUCUACGCACAUAACCUACCACUUACAAACAGGGAGAAGAAAUCUACCCACAGGGUCCUGAAAAACUAGAGUCCAUAGAAGCCUUAAAGUCUGUCAAAAACACUGCUAUCAAAAUCUGCUUGGGCAAGGAUAUCAUCCCCUAUCUGACCGUGGGGAGCUGGCCAGUUAAAGCUCGUAUUUCAGAUUAAUUUUCCACCUUUCUGUCUUCCGACGAACGCUGAAACCAGCCACAAGUUUCAACACCAAUGUUGUAUCCGUAGCUUGAAGUGCCAUACAUGACUAUCCAUCCCACAGUACUAUGCCCGUAAAAAGUCCUCUACACGCUCUAGCAAAUAUUGAUAUCUGGAGAGCUUGCUUUUCGGUUUGUUGUAAACGUCUAAUUCUACUCAUUUGAAAUUUCCUCAUUGUAAGUAAGAAGAGAUCUAAGUUUUAAAUCUAACCUGAAUCAUACGGGAGUCUGGAGAACCCUCUGAAUGGUUUCCCAGUGACGAGGCUGGUCACGCUAUUUGGUCCGAGGUUUUAGACAGUAAAAGGUUGAUUUAAAACUCCAAGGCUGAGUGUGCAGAGCUUCUGGGGGGAUUAGACUGACAGAAUCGCUAACAGUGGCGGACCGAUUUGAAAUUAAACUGUGAAAGAAAACUUAGGCUAACACUUUUUUUGCUUUUUAACGUCCAUCCACACCUUUCGUUUCCUUUUUAUCAUCCGUGCUAUUUAUGAAGCCAUCUGUUUACUUCAGCCAUUUCGCAGACGUUUGUUGGCUAAAACUAAGUGAGAAGUUCACUUUUAAAUGUUAAAACAUUCAGUUUGGACGCGUAAGGUCUUUUGGCUCCCUUUAGAUCCGAAGUUCAAAUGAGUCCCUUUGUCAAUUAUUUGCGGGUCAAUUAUAGACUUCUCGUACCAUGACGGCCACCUCUACGGUCCGGCGUCCGGUCGAUGACGCGCAAAGACGUCUUCGCGGUCGUGGUGCCGGCGUUGGCGUCAGGGGUCGCGGCGGGAAUGUAGUCAAACACGUCUCCAUCUCACCAGUUCGCCCACCGAAGCCGCCUACCCUGGCCUCGAUCAUUUCCGCCUCCCCUCCGCAGAAGCCACUUCUCCAGUUCGCACCCAGUACCCAUUCCAAGUCGCCCGAACCGAAGGCGACCCCCGCGAUGCCGGCCGGACGAUUUGAAGUGACCAGCGCACCACUCUCCGGCGGGGCCCUUCGCGUGCCUCAACAUCAGAGGAGGCCCAGACCAAUUCAGGGUACGGCCGAAGAGGUUGUCGUGUCUUUAUCUGCGUUGACCUCAGAGAGAGAGAGAGAACUAUCUGGUCACUGGGCGCAUCACCUCUCUCGAAACUAGUCGUUGUUAAAAGUGUGCUUGCUUUAGAAUAUGCCACGUAGUUGGAGCGAAGUUCCAGUACCUGGCACCGGAAACAUUUUCUACCACGAAAAACAAACACAAACGACUCGCUUGAGCACUUUGUGCCGGUCAGCAAUAUGUUUCAGGACGAUUCCUUCCAAUGAGAAACAGAGAAAAGGCAAAAAAGGUGACUAAGCUUAGGUCAGUUUGUAAGUAACCGGUAACGAAACCACGGGAAUCUUUUAAUCUACAAAAAACUUGAUAGGUGAAAUCGGAAUUACACAAAGUUAAAAAAGAAGUAUGCAAACAGUGGAGGUAUAAGUAGAAGCGAACCGUGUGGGGCAGUCCUUGAACGACAACGAUUUCUUGUCUCGCAAGAAAGAAUAACAACGCAACUGCGCAUUACCGAUGCUUGUUUUAUCGAGACGACUUCUCUGUAAGCCGCCUCAAAUAGUUCAUUCGUCCCCGCUGGGUCAACAGUAGGGGCAACUGUAACCCGGAACAUGAGAAUAAACUGUAGCCCCUAUACCCCGCUUUGUGAUCAUACGGCGUUGUCACAUGCCACUGGCGAGCGAAUUUACCGGCCCUUCAAUGUAGACUAACUUUCGUUUUUCAGAAGAUAUUCGAAAAAUGCAAACUAAGAUGUGAAACAUCAAAUCCUGAAGUGAGAUUAGCGGAAAGUGCCGGCCAGCCGCAACUUUAUCGAGUGUCAGCAUUGAACGCGGAUGCUUAUUCUCUUCACCACAUAGCCAAAUUUCCAAGCAUUUUAGUUAAAAACAGGCCUCGACGAAGUUAGGAAACUUCAGCGAGCAUCCACGUUGCAUCCUAUAAAUAUUUCAACACCUGGGCAGUCCACUACCCUUAUCUGACUCUGUCCCUAAUGAUGGAUUUGAGUGAGAAUCCGAAAUGUCGCUAAUAAAGCACUUGCUCCAGUGAUCGUGUCUCCUUCACCGCGACUACAUCCUGGAGCUCGCCCAGAAGCUAGGCCAGGCCCCUCAUGGUAGAGGGAAGCAGGCGUGGGCCGACUGUGUGCUAUCAUUUCUCAUGACAAUUCAGCCCAUUCCUUACUAUAAUAGAUCUGAUGAGCUUCAAACUAUUAUAACCCACUAGAAGUCUUGGCUUGACAGACUGCCAGCUCACGGCACAAUUGGAACCCCCUUUAGAAUAAGGUCCAGAAGGCGAUGUCUUCUCAAUGUAGUCCCUAUGGCACCCCUCACUUUCUCAAGAUCUCAGCCUCUGCGUGGUACUCGUUAGAAGGCGAAUUUAAAUUAUGUCAACAGCUGAGCUCAAUGACAUAUUCAAUCGCCUUGACUCAGUCAGGUCGCUGGUGAAUUGAAGAAGUGAAAGAGAGUUUAGUCAAUCCACCUCGCGUCCAAAGCCUAGUUUCCUCACUCUAAACGACCGGACGUACCUUUCAAGUAUCAUGACACACCAGCAGUUGUAGCUUGGGAGGUUACCUUGAUUGUCUGAUGCAACGAGACUCAGUCAGCAGUGGCUCCUCAUAUUGGAGCCUUUAUGGUGCUUCUCAUUAUUUGGCACCGGGAGGCUGAUACGUGUGGAUUUGGUGACGAGGUCGUGCGUGAGUCGCGUGGACGGGUUGAUCGGAGCAGGAUGAGUGUGCUAAGAGUGGAGUGAGGUAGGUGUUUUAGAAGUCUGCAUCACUUUGAACAAAUUCACGCACAAGUUAUCACUGGGCACGCUAAGGGGCAACGGUAGUUCUGGUUGCUUGCGACUGACGGACUCUCGUCAUACUCCGAAAACUUGCGUCGAAAACGUGUGCCACGUCUUUGAUUCGCGGUCCACUGCUCCUUUGAGGACAUCUUGGGACGCGAGGUGGGAAUGGCAAUGGGGUUAUUUUAGCAGUGGGAAACGCCUUCCAUGUCAAAAGAUGAAUUUGCCUUUCGGCCAUUUUAUGGUUAGACGAGUUGUCUUAUCUGUGGUAGACUACCAGUCUCGAUAUCGCGUAGUCUGCAACUGUUAGCUAUUCGGGUUUCUGUGCGCGCAAUUUGUGUCGGUCUCAGAUAUCCGAAUGGCUCUUCGCCAUGCAUACUUAGCAGACUAAUUUGCCAGCGUGUCGUUGGACUAGCAGCUAAAUUUCGUCCUCCUUAAGCUUUUUCCUUCUGUAUAAGCUUUUAGGGUUUGCUUGACUGGCACUUCGAACCAAUAAUAGGAAUGAUACCUUCUUGAUUAAUCUUCCUGACGUUUUCCUGAUAUUGCUUACUUUAGAUGCUGUUUCGACUACGCGAAAGGCAGUAAGAUUUGAUGAUGGAAUAAUGCCUAAUCUGGAACUACCAGGGAACAACCUGGAACACCCGGUCCGCCCCCGACCUCCGCCAAGAAGACGAGCAAUUCAGCCUUUGGGAAUGCGUCAGUAUUCGAUGUGUCCCAUUGAACAGUCCAAACCACCAGCCAAACCGGUCUGUCACCACCAUUUUGAUAAUUUCAUAAUCGUAUUUGCCCCUAAAGUAUCGAAUAUUGUCAUGUUUACCUUCAGGCGCAGGAUGAUAGCCACCUGGAUCAGAUCGGAACCGGCCUGAUAUUUAACCAUCUAUCCGGAAUCGAUCCCCCUAAGGCCUCGCAACCUUCGGUCACGGAGGUUCAUCCCACGGAUUCGAUGCUCCAAAGGCGGACGGAAGAAGAAGUGGUUUCCCGACUGUUACGCCAAUUGGCCCUUGCGUUCUCUCAACCACAGGCACAAGCAACAACACCACUGGGUAAUAUUGUCUACAGGUUUAGAUAGCAGGUGCCGAAGCAUCUGGGGUUUAGCAUAUACCGAUACCUCUCCAACCGGUCCUACCCAGAUAAACACUUGUAAACUGAAAUUGGGCAGCCACUUUACAGAUAAAAUCUAGCUAUAUCCAUCUAUAUCCAUAUCCACCUCGUAGCUCAGCUGGUUAGAACAUCGGCUGUUUUCAUGUCCUGCCUUUGCUGUCGUUGGUUCGAAUCCCAUCGAGGCCGCCGAUUUUUUCACAAUUAGAUCAAAAGAAUUAUUCAAAUCGCCCAGACCACCUAGUAAAUGAGUAUAACUCACUGGCAGGUCCCCCUUCCCCACGCCCCAACAGAACUAAAUUGUAAGUACUCCUCGUUCUGACAUGUCUGAAGUCCUCAACUCUCUUCCCCUCACUCAUUACCACUGUUCAUUGGAUGUUUUUAAUUGUGCUACUCUGUCGUGGCCUACUUUUAUUACUGUAAGGUCUGACGAGGAAUAAUCGAAAACGUACGCUCGCGAAAUUUGACUUCUCUAAUGUUUACAUGCGUAUCAUCGAAGAACUUAGACACCUGUCUCUUUGACCGCCUAGAGCAAACCGCCUUUGAUAUAUGAUGGUAGAGGGUCCCAACAGAUGAAUGGUUGCCAGCUUGCAAAGCGAAAAAAAACAGGAGGGCAAGAAACGCUGGGUAGACGGGGACAGUGGCUGGCCCCGGUUCAUUCAUACUUUCUUCGAUCAUCCGUGCACUUAUAGUAAAAUGAGGACUUUGGCUUCCGUUUAAUCAUCAGCGGAGUUACUUGUUACAUUAGUUAACCAUAUUUAAUCCAUGUACUAAGUGUCGACCACUCGGGCGCCGAAUCUGCGGGACCUUGUGGAGGCUGCUCUCCUCGAACGCGUAGCCCAAGGCGACUUGCUAACACCCCCUCCACAGGCUGCUACAGAGCCCUGUAGAGAGCAUUCUCCGGACCCGUCCAUUGACAAAUCUCCUACCGUCCUCGAAUCAAGUCACAGAGAACCCGCGACAGAAGACAUCGGUGAGAAUAGCACAAAGGCUAUUUCCUCAACCUCCACCGCGCCUCCUCAGGUUUCAGUCUGUGAUCGUUCUGCCAGCGCUCGGGUAAGCUUAAUAAUAACAUACCCUACUCCUUGCUACCGACCCACAGAGCAAAGCCGACCUUUUGCGCUCUGGGAUAAAUGCUGUCUUAUACUUUGCUGCCAUUAUCCGAGCCUUGCACAGAUCUCGGCAAUCUGCUACAACGCCAGAGGCAUAAUUUGCUGUUUUUCGCUAUCACUUGGUCGUACUCCGGCAAAUUUUUAUAGCCCACCCAUUCCUUAAAGAUGCUGUUAAUUUGACUUCUGUUCCGAGGAUUUUUUUCGUGUGCCUUCGUAUGCCCGUUGUUUGCACCUCUGGGGGCAAUGACCAAUCAUAUGAAAUUUUCAUGGAAAUUCGGAAAUGUGCUUUCGACGGAGGAGGAUUACACAAGUGGGAUUGCAAUAAUGGUUAUCGUGCAGCUUAAUCCCACAAUUCUUCAACCCCGUUAGGAUGCCGUCUCUUGUGCGCGCUCCUUUUCGACCGCUUUUCGAAACCUCACUCGACAAAAAUGGCUACCCAAUUAGCAUGAAUUUUCCGUCGAUCUUGCAUGCCCUUGUACACUUAAAUAUAUUCUAUAGAAAAUAUGUUUAAAAAUAUUUCUUGAUGUGCUCGUUUUUUUAGCAGAUUGCCUUUUCUUGAAAUUUUAUACUUAGAGAAAGGCAUAUUAACGUUUAAAAGUUUCGGAUUAUGAAAUUUUUUAGGGUCGUGAAAUUUUUUUAAAAUAGAAUCUUGUCUGCCCGUUUAUUAAUACUCCAUAUAAAAUAUACAACGCAGUCCACAUUUAUUUCAAAAUUUGACGAAUCUCAUAGAGUACCUUCUUAGUGGCAUAGGCGUAUGUGUGAUUUUCCUUUUAUAGAAAGUAUACAGCGUGUUCACUCUAAACGUCAAACGCAACUGCAACAGCGGAUCGCGUUCAAUAAUUUUUAGGACUUAUGAAAGGCGAAUUCAGUUCAAAUCAAUGCAUUUGGAGUAAAUGACAGAAACCCUUAAAACUCCACUAAAAAAUACAAUUCUUCAUGAAGCAUAGCUAAAUGGCAAAGGAUUACAGGUACUUUUAGCAUGACAAAUGCAUAAAACUCGUAGUGAAAUAAGGGUGCAAAAAAGCUGGUGAAUUUGCCAAACAACAGCGAACAACACAUUGAUUGCACUUGUCCGACAAUGUUUGAGUUAAUGUUAACAAAGUGGGUUAUUGAAAUCAAGAUAGUAGCAUGUAUGUUGUUAUAACAGUGACUUACUAACUGGGGUUUGGGGAGGUCUGGCCAAGAAGGAAAUAGACAUUUGUAUAACCUUUUCCUAGACUGAAUCUGCAGAACGAAUUAAUCUGCCUCCCUCUGUGGAUGCAGAAAAAUUCUCCAUAAAACAAAAAAUCCAGACGUAUUGUUUGUUCAUACAGUAAACACCGAAAAUCACAAAACACUAACGCGGAUUUUUUGCUAUUUCUUAGACUGAAAGAAGAUCGCUCAAGUGAGCUUGUUAGAAUGAUUGGCAUUGGACAUCGUUGCAAGUGGAUUCGUACGCUGCGUUGUGUUUGACUUAGAUUCGAGAAACGAUGCCUAAUGUGCUUUUCCAUUGAUUUUAAAUAUCUGUGUUCCUGGCUGUGAUUAACAUGUGAUUAGGAGGAUGCCUCACCAAAUGCCAACCUGUCACCGUGUAUGAAUGGAUUUCUAUUGUACAUGUUAAUCGGUAUUAUAAAUUCACCCAAGCAGUGUGUUUAUCUGACAGAGUAUUAAGAGAGUCAGGCCAACUUUUAAUGAAACUCAACAUUUUCUCUAUGUUGGUGUUACUCUUUUUAGCCGCUUAGCAGUCCAUCUACCCUAACUAGCCUGCCUCGGCGACAACUAUCUCAACACUCCCGAGCCAUAUCGGUGCAGUCUCUCCUUCAGCGAGUGGAAGAGAAGCCCUCAGAACACAGCGCUCAAAACGCGGCAUCUGUCACGGUGGACGAGAACGAGGACAGGACCCUGGACGAACAGCCCCCACUGCCACUCUCCGGGUUUGUUUCAUGUCCAAAGUAUUUCGACUUCUACAUGUGUCCUUUGACCGUCACCAACACCAACCCAUCCAUCGACGCUUAACCCCAAUCAGACAGUAGUCUACUAGAGGAAUUAGAAGCGAUUUCCCUCCGACCCAAUGUCAUGAUUAUGGGCGACUUUAACGCUCCGAAUAUCGACUGGAAUCUGACUUCUGCCCCGGGCUCAGAAUUUAACUUUGAUCGCCGCCUCCUAAAUUCUGUGCAAAGAUCGAAUCUCACACAACACGUCUUAUCCCCAACCAGACUACGUGAAGGACAACUAGCUAACUGCCUAGACCUUGUAUUGACAAAGACACCGGAAAGCGUUGAUGUUGUAAACUGUCUACCCCCUCUCGGAAAAAGCGACCAUGUAGUCCUACAGUGGGAGUAUUCUCUCUUCUCUGUACCCGAUCAAAGCAUCGUGAUUAGACGCAACAUAUGGCGUGGUGACUUCAACCAAAUGCGUCUCGACAUGCGUCGUAAAGACUGGAACGCAGCGUUUACGGGGUGUGUCCUCAAGGACUGGCUAGAACUUAAGGUCAUACUUAAUGAACUUAUCACCAGAUACUGCCCUAUGUCGAAAAAGAAAAUCACCAGCAGGCCGCGAUGGCUUAAGGGUUCACUAAAAGUUGAAGUAAACCGUAAGCAAAAGCUGUGGAAAGCAGAUCUUAGGGACAAGACAACUGAAUCAAGAAAUAGGUAUAAGGCUCAACGGAAUAGGGUAAAGUGCCUUGUUUACAAAGCCCGCCAAGACUUCGAGGGUAACCUUUUAAACUGUGCAGGAGAAAACCCAAAGCUUUUCUUCAACUACAUAAGACAAAGUACUCAACCUUUUAAACUGUGCAGGAGAAAACCCAAAGCUUUUCUUCAACUACAUAAGACAAAUUACUCGCAACAGGGAUCCCAUCCCUAUGCUAAAAACUGAUGAUGGCGUUGAACUUUAAAAGGACGACGAAAAGGCUGAACAUCUGUCCAGGUUCUUUCAGUCGGUCUUUACGAGAGAAGUCGCUGUACCCACUGAUCACUGUAAUGUGGACAAUGUCCCGACAAUUGACUCAGUGGUUCUCACAAAACCUAUUGUUCAACAGGAAUUACUGAAGCUAAAAGAAGGGACUUCGCCCGGUCCUGACGAAAUACCGGCAAAGUUGUUGAAGGAAGUAGCCAAAGAAUUGGCAGAACCUCUGAGCGUCCUCUUCCAAGCCUCUCUUGAUGCAGGCAGACUGCCUCCUGAUUGGAAGACUGCGUGGAUUUCACCGAUUCAUAAAAAUGGCAGUCGCGCUUCCGCAAACAACUACCGACCAGUAAGCCUCACCUCCAUAUGCUGCAAAGUUAUGGAGCGAAUAAUCAAACGCGAACUGAUGCGGUUUUUAGAGCAAAAUCAUCUUCUGUGCGAUGCACAGCACGGUUUCCGCAGAGGGAGGUCCUGCUUAACCAAUCUACUCUACUGUCUUGAACAGUGGACCCGAGCGAUUGAUGAAGGAAACGUUGUGCAUGUGGCCUACAUAGACUUCAAGAAGGCAUUUGACAGCGUGCCACACCAACGUCUCCUACACAAGCUCAGCCGCAUAGGGGUAAGAGGCAAGCUUUUGAAGUGGAUUGCAAACUUUUUGGUCGGCCGGUCCCAGACUGUUCGUCUUGGUGGCCAGCACUCGGCAGAGGUGACGGUUACGAGCGGAGUACCUCAGGGCUCCGUUCUUGGCCCUAUCCUUUUCCUCAUCUAUAUUGAUGACUGUAUCCAUGGAUUGGACUGCAAGAUUGCCAUGUUUGCUGACGAUAUAAAGCUUUGGACCGUCAUCCGCAACGAGGACGAUGAAGCAAAUUUACAGGCAAACUUAGACCGACUCGAAAAAUGGUCAGGCCACUGGCUCCUCCCAUUUAAUGUUACCAAAUGCAACAUUCUGAGGAUUGGCAGAACCAGUUCUGCGCACCGGCAGACGUACUAUCUAAAUCACACACCGCUGCCACUGGUAGACGUUCAGAAAGACCUAGGGGUGUGGAUAACAUCUUCACUAAAGCCAUCAUUCCACUGCUUGAAAGCAGCAAAAUCCGCAAUGUCCAGCUUAUAUCUCAUCAAGCGGGCAUUUGCCAAGUUCGAUGAAGAGUGCUUCCGCAAGGUCUUCGGGAUGUUUGUGCGCCCACAGUUAGAAUUUGCCAUUCAGGCCUGGAGACCCUGGACUGUUAAGGAUCGUGCCACCCUCGAAAAAGUCCAACGACGGGCAACCAAGCUUGUCAGAGGUCAUAAAAACCUACCUUACGAAACCAGACUUUCAAAUCUAAACCUCUUUCCCCUGGACUACAGACAACUACGUGGCGACUUAAUUCAAACGUUUAGAAUGUUACGGGGUCAGGACUGCUGCCUCGCAUCCGGCGACUUCUUUGAGCUGGCCACCACUACUAGCUUGAGAGGACACCCUCUGAAACUACAUGUGACAGGAGCGAGACUGGACGCAAGAAGGUCCUUCUUCAGCCACAGAGUGGUAAAGGCGUGGAACGCCCUACCUGUGGAUGUCGUCAUGUCCUCAUCCGUGGACUCAUUUAAGAGAAAGCUUGACCAGUACAGGGAUAUGUACCUCCACAGCAUCAGAAACUAACGAACCCCCCCUGUGCCACCCGUCCCAUCCAACGUUUUAUGUUACAAAGCAUGCUACUCCCUAUAUUUUAGUAACAUUACGUUUCACAAUUUUCGCUAUCUCCUGACCGCCACAUAUGCGCUUGCUUUAAUAUUACUUGGUCCAUUCAUUGCCGUACUGGAUAUUGUACAAUCUUGACACAGAAGGCAUUCACAGACAAAUUCAUACCAGUGACCAAUGCUUGUUGUAUGUAAUUACUUACCUAAUUUUUUUCACACUUGCCUUACACAUUGUUUUUUAUGACGUUAUUGUAACCAAAAGGGAGUUCAAAGGCGUUCGCCUACUUUUCCCUUAAUAAAUCUGAUCUGAUCUGAUCUGACUAUCCAGGAGCAGUAACCAAGUUUCAAUUAUACUGCUCUAUCAUCCGGGAUACUACAACUGGUGAUGCGCAGCACGUAGUACUCACACAUGCAAAAAGAGGCAGUGUCGGCCACUAGGCAAUCACCAACAAGGAAAGUCCACUCCCUAUUCUGCCUGUUGCCACCACGACCAAUAAAUCAGCUUACAGAACUGAGCCGAAUAGUUAACCGACCACAUCAGCUCUCCUACCCCUCUAUGAUGUCAGCGCGAGGUGCGCUAAAUUGAGUGUUAGAUAUGACCACUUAGAAGCCUGACUACAUACACAAUGCCCCCCCCCGCUACAACUCACCUCGUUCAGCCAUCAGCUGAAGCUCUACUUCUCUCACUUGACUGACAUCCAUCAAGACAGCAGCUGUUUGACAAUCUGAACGCCGCUACCGCUGAUGUCCACUGUCUACCUCACAGCAGGCUGGGCACGGAGACUGACUUGUGCAUGGAUUAGUCUGAAGUGGUGGUAGACUUGCGUUGCCUCCACCGCACUUCUCCCCCCCCCCUCACCCACCCGUACCCGAUGUCAAGACAGAGCCGAGGAGACCGGAGGUGGGAUAGGGCACAGCGACUAGCAAUGCUAGACAACCCGUCUGCGCGUGCCACACGCGUUCGCUCCGCGUACGGUGAGUAAGCUCCAACGCAAUCCAAGAACGACUCGGAUCCCAACUGAGUGCGGAGCCAUUGCAGCCUGCUGGGACCGAGUUACCUCGUCAGUUGGUAGCCUUCCAGGCCAUGGCUUUAAGCUCGCCAUAGUAGUUUGAAAGCGCACCAGACUGUUUAUAGGGAGGAGUAUGCGCUUGCUGUCGUGGGGACAGAGUUCCCGGGGUCAACCUCGCUCUCCCUUCUCCUGCUUAGCCGUGACGAAAAUUGCCGCCACUACUACUACUACUACUACUACUACUACUACUACUACUACUACUACUACUACUACUACUGCGGUUUGAACCCUUCAGUCUACUCGACAUGACAUAUUCUCAUUUUCAGUAUUUAAGGCUAUUUAUGACCAGACUACCUUCUAAAGCAGGCAGUGGAAGACAUGCCACAUUGAUAAGCCGACUUUGUAAAUGUUUACCUCUAGAGGCUUAUUGCCUGUCAGUAUCACACUAAUCCAUCACAUGUCUGACUCUCAUCAAUAUGGGGUCUGCAGGUAGUCUGUCAAAAAGAAUUGACGAGGCUGUCAAUUACAAUCGUGAACAGAUGACACCAAGAAAAACCUAGACAUUUUUGUUGGCGCCUCUCUGUCCGACUUUUGGAGAGGUUAACAUAACGUGCUGAAAACUGCAACGAAAUUCCAGUGAAAGUCGAGCGACUUCGUGACCUUAUGCGAGAUUCCACAAAAAUAACUAAAGUCAAUCAUAAGUAAGGCCACCCGCCGCAUCCUUUUAGAACAACCUCACCACUGGCCAGUCUGGCGCGACCACACCUGUCUAUGCAGUCUGAGGCCGUUCCACCGCACGAAUCUGCAAUGGCACAGUCACCAGCCCUGGUCUCCGAUCCCUGCGAACCGCCUAGAACUCCCUUACCAGUGACGGCUCCCUCACCGACUCUGACGCCACCGUCGACCUCGACUGCAGCAGUCGGAGAGGAGGCCACAGUUUCGCCGCCUUCUAAUGACAUCGCAACGCUGCGAUCUCCAGAAAGGAGGCCCUCAGCUGGGCAUCCCUCCUCCUACUCCUCGACUCUCUCCGAAGGGCCUUCGUCAGAAUGGAGCCUCACGGCGCCGCACUCCUUCAGCGACGGUGUUUGGUUAGAGGAGAGGUCUGAAGGCGAAGCGGCCCACUACUCACUGUGUCCCUCGACUGCCGCCAAGCUGGGACCCCUACCUCUGACGGACUCGCAGGAGCUCGAUAGUGCUGGCAGUGAACCGAAAGAGGUGGGAGUUUAUAAAGACUUGGUCUUCCCUGAAUGGAUUUGGUAUGAGAUAGGUGUUUUCGGCUUACAUUAUCACAGAUUCUGCUAUGAUGGCGCGCAAAUAAAAGUUUCUUAUUCGUAUUAAUGCAUGAAAUUUGAAUCAUGCACAUAACCUUUUAUUAACUAUCAGUAGUUCAGGCGUCCCACCAUGCGUAGUUAAUUUGUAGAUGCUGUAUAACCGUCCGCCACAGACUGUUUUUGCGGACAUCGAUGGCGGCGUUUCACGCUUUUGUGUAGUCUCAGUUUCGUUUAUAACCUGACAUUAUACUGCAGUCACUGCCUGGUGCGCAUUACGUAUGCAGCGUUUUUUCCUUAAAACGAAACCUUUCGUAUUGCGACUGACUUUUAGUUACCUAUCGCAGGCGUUCUAUGUGAAGAACUUGAUGGAAACACAAGGAACCGAAUUAUUAUCACAGCCACGAGGUCCCAGGGUUUUAUACCCUGGUUCGGUUUUUAAAGACGGAGCAUUAUCUCACUGUUCGAAGUAAGACCUACUACAAGUUGCCCGUUGUGGAUAAGGAGAAACCACCCUAAGCGUGAUAAUUGUCAUGUCUCCUUCUUAUGUAUGAUCCGAGUGAAGCAAUUGUCCUUACCAAAUCAUUAUACUUCGACCAAAAGUUGAGCUCUUAGUACCCAUGAGCGCCUGGACCCAUAGGUGUGGAGUCACUUUUUAUCUUCGUAUACUCCCUUGUCCAACAAUGUAAAGCGUGUGUCCCGUUUGCAGGCCGAUAGGAGUAACUCCACGGACACACUUAGCUGCGGUGAACUGACCGCAGAAAAACUUACUAAAAGAAACAGUGCCUGGGUUGCACCUUGGCGCAACCCGUUGCUCCACCUCAUGGCUCUCAAUGCGGCAGGCAGUAGUUCACGACUGCCCUGGAACCGGUUCGUUGAGGUACAGCGCACCGCAGCCGCUCUUCGCAGUCACCAGCUACGCCGUCGUCAGGCUGCUGGAGGAGGAGGAGGUGAUGCAACGCAGACAACACCCACUCCCAUGGCUUCAGACCUUAGGUGGUUGAAGGAGACCCUCACCGAGCUUGAAACAGACCCGACGUUUCCUCGCAGACAUUCAGACCCCGAGACUUCGGAUGUGCUCUCGGCGGGGGAGAUAAAAUCGGAUUUCGUUGGAAACCCCAACGAAUUACUGUACUCCAACGUGCGUGAACCAUUUUUACAGGCCAGAGGUGAUACCAAGAAACUUAUUUCUGAAUCUCGACCCCUGGGUAAGUUAGUAAAUCCGACACUAAAAACUUCUCAACGAGUAAACCCGCUCUAUUCUUUCUCCCACCGCCCGAGCCUUUCCUCCUCAGCUAUUUCUACCCUUUUCUCCUAUUUUCGCCUAUUUUUCCUCCUAACUUUUGCAUGCAUGCCAACGCCUGACCACACAGCCUCCCUCAGCAUCUGCGGUCGACUUUAGUAAAUUGAACCGUUUGAUCAAAACAUCAUGUUGGUAUUGAUGUUCGGUUACCGAUCAACAUGAGCCCAGGAAGAGAAAAAGAUGGCAUCUAGCGAAGGCCUUUUGGUCGUUGUAAAGCAGAGUACCUACUCAGAACACCAAGACAAAGACAGAGAGGGGACUGCGAUUUUUAUAAGCGUAGGUCGCUCGCGGUGACACCGUACUAUCGAAACUGAGCUUAGAUUGCACAAAUGGUUAUAGCACCUAGGGAUCCGCACAGUGUUUUAACUUCCUUAGAACGAGUUAGCUAACCUGCUACGCCUUUCGUUGUCUUCAUCAUUUUUCGUAACUCUGUCUUUAGAGUCAGUCAAACAAGGAGACUGCAAAGCGGAGGAAGCCGGUGGGAUCGUCGUCCACGCUGACACGCGACUCCCUGAGUCAGUUUCUGACACCGCUACUGGCACUAAUAACAGCCAUGUUAGCUACGAUGAGGACUUUGAGCCUCAGGAAAACUGCAACUGUGCGACCGAUACCUCUGGUGAGGGCACAAAACGCAGUCUCCUUCUCGCUGUACAGGAGUUCUCCGACGAUGAUGAUGAUGAUGAAAACGAGGAUGAGAAUGAAGUAUACGAGGAGGCCAAUGAAGAGAAACAAAUACCCGAGGAUCCAGUGAGCAGUAAUAACGAUGGGUGUGACGAUCCUUGUGUCGUGGGCGACGUCAGUCCUGGUGCCACCAGUGUCACCACUACUCAGUGGGCCAGUGUCUCCCGCGAGGGACUUCCCUGCCACAGUUGUUCGGACAUGGAACCUCACCUUUUGCUGCCCUCCACCGCACGCGACUCCUUCCCAGAGACUAUGGAAGAGGAGGCAUCGGGCUCGCCGCCACCUCCAUCGCCACAACUGAUCAGCACGCCGCGUCUCUUCCCCCAUCAGCAGAGUGAUGCAGACCAAGCACUGUUGAUGACUGCAUCGCGACACAGCAGUGGAGAUUGUGAAGGGGAGGAAAAGGUGGUGCAGCGGUUAGGUGAGCAGGCCGAGUUUCCAAACGAAAGCCUGAGACUCGAUGCUGAGUGUCUCCGUCUCUCCACCCCACCGGAAUCCCUUCUUGAGGCCACAGACCUACCAUCAACUGAACAACUUCUAGAUAAUGCUCUUCGCCAGACUAUCUCGCUUAGUAGCUCCUUUGCUGACGAAGAAGUGGAUGAGGGAGUGAACAAAGUGGCAGACUCCAAUAAGUAG